AAAUUUUUUUAAAAGUGCCCAGCAGGUUCAAAUGUAAACUUCUUCUGAAUCCACGCCCGUCUUCCCGGGAUUUUUUUUUUCCUGUUUUUCCGACGCUUAGGACCCUACCGACCUCGGAGUAAUCUAAUGAGUCGGUUGAGCUGCCCAGAACGUGCCUGUUCAGAAAUAGAAAAGGGGGCGGGGGUGAGCUAUUUGGAAGCUAGAGUGGGAGGAGCGGGCGAAAGGAGGAGCCUAGUGGUGGGAGGCGGGGCCAAUACUUGAGAGGCGGGCCUAAGAGGUAGUAGUGUUUGCUAGAGUAAGGAAGCCGAGAGGGAAGUAAAAUUUGCUGGAUAAGUGGCAGGGUGCUGCGUACGUCCAGGAGAAUAUUAACAUGCAAAUUAUAUGUAAAUAAACCGAUGGAGUUCGCAACUGAGUUACCGUUAAUUGCAAUCAGUGGCUUUUCCCCCUCCCUUAUCCGGCACGACUCCUCCAGUAAAUCAGAUCGUGGGACAGAUAUUUGGGAGGGGGCAGAGAGGAAAGAAGAGAGAGAGAAGGGAUCGGUGAGGACAGUUACCCUUACUACCCCUUUCCUACUCAUCUUUAAAGACUUUGUCAAGAUUUUGCUUCUUAUCGCGUCGGGAAUGGCACGGUCCAACUGCGGCCAUCUUCUGCCUUUGUGGGCCCGACUGGAGGCGGCGGUUCUGCCUCCGAGGUCAUUCUCUGCUUGGGCAGCCUUUGGCCUCCAGCAUCCAGACGCCGAGCCCUCCAGGACAGGCUGGACAGAGCCAGAUUGGGAGGUCAGAAAGGAUACGAACAGACUUCUGCCCGCCCUCGCUCGGGGUAGGGGGGGACCAGGCCCAAGUUCUCAGGACUUCAUCUCGCCACGGCCCGCGCGCCGCCCGCUCCCCACAGCGACACGUCAUCGCCCGCCCCGACGCGCGACCCCGGCCCUCCGGCCCCCCGCCCUUCAAUCCCCGGCUGCCGCCGAGGGGCACGCGGGGCGACGGACUCCUGGGCUGGGCGGAGGAAGCCCGGCAGGGAGAAGGGGGUCCUGGAUUCGGGGCAUGUGCACAUGGGUGAAGCAGCCGUUGAAAAUACAGCCGGCAUCUUUUUCUGUUCGCUUCCCAUCUCCUAUCGCCCCCUCCCUACCUCUGAAGAGUCGCCUUCCAACACAAGCACAAAUAAAGAUGAGGAUGUUUUACAGAUGAGGAUGCUGAGAUUUGGAGAGGCGAAGGGUCCUGUCCACAGCCACAGAUAGAGUAAGUGCUGGACUUUGGAUCCAGGGACAGGCAGUUUCCUUCAGAGUCCAUCUUCUGAACACUGCCCUAGCCUGCAUAUACACGUUUGCAGUGCUUUUGAAUGAAUGGGUAGUGGCUGAUGGAACCCCCCCACACACACACCUGUGUGAAGGGGAAUCCAGGAUACAGAAUUGGGGUAAAUUUUGCUGCUUAAACGUUUGCAAGGAACAGAAUAAUUGGAAGUUUAAGUGAGAGGAGAGAAAGUAUCAUAGCUAUAUAAGGAAGAAUAUUUUGACAGCUUUAUGGAAGGUGAGUUGAGAGGCAGGGGGAGACCAGAGAUGGGAAAAACACAGAACUAUUUAUUCAUGCCAGGUAUUUUGCUAAGAGCUGGGGAUACAAAGCUGAAUAAGGCAUGGUCUUUUCCCUGAGAAGUAAAAAUAACAAUUAUCCACACUUUGGGAAGGCUGAGGCAAGAGGACUGCAAGUUUGAAUCUUGCCUGGACAACUUAGCCAGACCCUGUCUCAAAAUAAAAAAUAAAAAAGGGCUGGAGAUACAGUUCAAUCCAAAGGCUCUGGGUUCAAUCUC